CAUUUUUAAUUAAAUAGUAUUUGACAUUAAUGAAAAACUAGUAUUAUAUAAAAAUUAUAGACGUUUUCACAAGCGCGUAGUUUAUUAUUCACCUUCGUGCUUAAAAAUAUUUUUAAUUAUGAUUCUUUCAUAUCUUUCGCGUCGGCAAGCUAAAAUAGCAACAUAUGUCCGAUAUCCAACAUCUAUAAGAAUAGACCCAGUAUUAAAAUCAAGCACUGCGUUAUCUUCUACUAUUCAGUUAAAUAACUGUACAACCAUGAAGCCUAUAGGAUCACCAUUUUUUAAUCCUAUUAAACCGUUUAGCACGACGAUGGUACGUUUAGAUGAUGAAAAACCUCAUGAUCACGCUAAACUCUGGAUUAUUGAAAAGGGAACGGCGGCUGUUAUGUUAGUGCUUAUACCAUUUGGACUAUUGAUUCCCAAUAAACUUUUUGACUCUAUUUUGACAAUUCUUAUAACAGCUCAUAGCUAUUGGGGUAUGGAAGCUAUCAUGGUAGAGUAUGUGCGUGUAUUGUUAUUCGGUCCAACGAUUCCGAAAGUUGCCAUGGGUGUUGUUUAUGCUUUAACUGUCCUUAUGAUGGGAGGUCUAUUUUAUCUUACCUUCAAUGAUAUCGGGAUGUGCAGAGCAUUCUGGAGAAUUUGGAGGAACAUGAGAAAGUCGAAAGAUGCUCCCCGUACUCCAAGCGGUGGAAAAACAUGUUAAUGUUUUUUCAGAAACUUAAUUAUUUUUUUUAAUCUUUAGAAAUUAUUUAGUAUUGUGGUCACAAAAAAAUAUUGAAGCUUACGAAAUGUAUUGUUGUGACAUUAAAAUAUUUUUAUAAAACUUAGUAA